AUGUAUGCUCUCACCCUGGUGAGUCCAAAAUCUUCAGUUUCCCUCGUCUUCUCUGUUGCUAGUUCUUCUCUUCAUUCUCUUAAUAGCUUUGCUUCGCUCAGGUUCUCCAACCCAGCAUCCUUGUCAAAUAUUGAGGUCCAAGAAGUUUUAGCUGCAAAAUCAGCCAAAGUGGCUGCAUUGCUUGAAAAGAAAAAUUCGAAGGAUGAAAUCUCUACAUUCCUCAGAAACAUUCCAGCAAAACCAGAAACAUUUGAGCUUGUUGUGAAAUUCUGCUACGGCUUCGAACUUCAGAUUACCUCUGACAAUGUCGUCCCACUUGCCUGCCUGGCAUGUUACUUAGAAAUGAGUGAAAGUCGCAGCAAGAACAAUCUCCUAGGAAGAGUCAUAGCCUUCUUUCAACACACAGUUCUUCCUAACUGGAAGGAAACCAUCAAAGCUCUACGUUGCAUCACUGAACAUCUUCAUCAAUCAAAGGAAAUUGGCUUGUUUGAUGCUUGUCUCGAGUCCAUUGUCGAAAAGGUUCACCAAGAUCCUCGUCUUCUUGGCGAACCAACGAAGAGAAACGAUGGCGGUAAUGAUGGUGGGUGUGAUGAUAAUAACAAUAACACUUGGCCUAAUGCAAGGAGAAAGCUAUUUGUUCUUGAUUGUGAGCAAGAGGAUUUAACUACACUUCCUGUGCAAAUUUAUGAGCCAAUUGUCCAUGUCAUGAAUCUUCGAGGAAUUGCGCCGGAAUAUGUCUCUGCAUCAGUGUGUAAAUACACAGAAAAAUGGGUUUUUUCUUGCUUCAUUGCUUCAGGAGGGGAUCAGAAAAUGUCAGCAUACAAGAGGAACUCCAUAAGAGAAAUCAUUGAGGCAAUAGAGAGGCUUUUACCAAAUGAGAAAGGGCUGAUUCCUUGCUCACUCUUGUUUGAUUUGCUGCGAUUUUCGAUCCUUCUCGGGGCAAGCUUGGACUGUGUCUCUGGAUUUGAGACAAGAAUAGGAAAACAGUUAGAGCAAGCAUCACUGAAUGACCUGUUCAUACCUUGUCAGUGCAUAAAUGUUGAGUGUUUGAAAAGAAUCUUGAAAAGUUUCUACAGGAACUUCAAUGGAUCAGACCCUUCAGGUUUUCUCAAAGUUGCAGAACUUGUUGAAGAGUAUUUGGGAGAAGUAGCAAGUAGUGAUGUAGAUUUGGGAAUAGAUGAAUUCAUUUCACUUGCAGAAUUGUCUGUUGCAGCAUCUUUAGGAUCACAAAGAGGUUCUGAUGGAAUUUACAGGGCUAUUGACUUAUACUUGGAGAAGCACAACAAUUUGACAGAAGCAGAGAAAGAACAAGUAUGUCAAGUUAUGGAUUGCCAAAAGAUGUCACAAGAAGCUCUGCAACAUGCUGCACAAAACUCGAGGCUUCCAUUGAGAACUGUGGUGCAGAUAUUAUUUGUAGGGCAAUUACAUCUACGAGACAAAAUAGCUUCAGAGGCGCAGGAAAAGACAGAGCAGAAGGUGAUAGAAGAUCAUCAGGAAGAUGAGGAAAUGCAGUUGAUUAACAUGAAGGUGAGUGAAUUGGAGAGAGAGAGCCUUUUAAUGAAGAAAGAGAUUGAGAAAUGCCAUAGAAAGAACAAUGUUACGAAGAAGGAGAGUGUAAGUGUGUGGACGAAGAUGAAGAGAAAGUUUGGAUGCAUUAGCAACAAUAGCACGCAUGAAGGAUAUUAUCGAAUGAAUAAAAAGAAGCUUCCACCGCAAAAUGAUGUACGACAUGAAGAGAGAUGUCGUUUUGUUUAA